CCGCGCCCCGGCUCCCCCGCCGCCACACCACUUCCCCGGCGCCCCGGCAAGCUCCCCACGCCAACCCCUCGCCACAGCCGCCCAUCUACCCCGGCGCCGCUCCUCCACCAACCCCCUCGACACCGCCGCACUUCAUUUCAUGCAGUUUAUGAUCAAAGGGGGAUUCAUGUGUACCCAUACCCCCAAAAUUGCUGGAGUUAGUGAGGGAGGAUCAGCGGUCUUUAAGGUGAACUACUUCAAAGAACAAGCGUCCCUGGCACAGUCACCCCAACUCUAUAAACAAAUGCUUAUCAACGGAGGAAUAAACCGAGUGUUUGAGGUCGGUCCUGUUUAUCGCGCAGAAGAUUCAAAUACUCACAGGCAUCUUUGCGAAUACAUAGGUCUUCAUGCAGAGAUGCAAAUCAAGGAGCAUUAUUUUGAGGUUAUAGAUUUUGUUGAUGUGCUGUUUGUUGACUUAUUUGAUCACCUGGCCAAAAACUGUUCAGAGAUGCUGGACAUAAUACAAGAACAAUACCCCUGUGAAAGACUGAAGUACCUUCAGCAAAAUGUGAGGCUCAAAUACUCCGAUGGAAUCAAAAUGUUACAAGAAUCGGGUUUUCCAAUCCAAGAGCCACAAGACUUAAACAAUAAGGCGGAGCUAAUGCUAGGGAAACUCGUCCUUGAGAAGUACAAAACAGAUUUCUUCAUAUUGUACGAGUUUCCAUUGGCAGUCAGACCAUUUUACACAAUGCCGUCCGGGCAAGAGCGUAAUCCUGGUAGUUACAGUAAUUCCUUCGAUGCUUACAUUAGAGGCCAAGAAGUCCUUUCAGGUUCUCAGAGGAUCCACAAUAAGUCGUUGCUGAUUAAAAGGAUAGAUGAGCGGGGAUAUAUCAAAGCAAUCUUUCAGCAGUUCACGGAUACUUUCGGGUGCGGAGCACCACCGAGAGGAGGUUUCGGAGCUGGACUCGAGCGGCUUGUGAUGCUUUACUUAGGAGUGCCGGAUAUUAGAAUUGCUUCACUUUUUCCGCGUGACCCUGGCCGCCUGGUUCCCUGAUUAAUUGUAUUGUAGUUCCUUUAGUCUUUUUCAGUGCCGGAUAUUACAAUUGAUUCAGCGCCUGACUCUCUCUGUAGUUACCUUAGUCUUUUUCAGUGCCGUUGCUUCACUUUUUCGGUGCGACCCUAAGUGCCUGUCUCCCUGAGGCCUUGUUUGGUUGUAGGGGAACCAACCCCCUAGUGGAAUUAAUCCCUUGUCACCCAAUCCCUGUGGGGGUUGAUCCCCAUCAAAUCCUGCUAUGUAUCCUUUAUUUGGUUAAUUAUAAUCCCCGUCACCCCUGUCA